AUGUGGGGCCGACAUGUCCUUGCAGCGUUCCUGAUGAUCGGCAGCUCUGCGUUCUCUGCGGCGGAGCAGGUUACGGACCUCGGCAGCUUGGGCUCACCAGUUAAAGAACCUGCGACAUCUCAGCCCCUAAAAGCCGAAGAAUUCGCAGCACAAGACACAGAUAUAGGCACUCGAGAAGCUGCCCUUGUUGAGCUCGUCAGCACUGCCGCUGGUGUAGUCGAGGAGGUGGCAGCAGACGCCGAGGUUUCUUUAGAGCCCGCAGUCUCCCACAGCUUCGAAGUAAAGGACGUUGUAGCAGCAGGUCAGCCAGAAGAAGUUGGAAGCGCCACUCCCUCAGCCGCUUCCUCAUCCUCCAUCCGAGGCCGCAAGCUGAUUUUCUUCGGUAUAAUUAUGCUGGUAGUCGGCGUCGCCUUGUCGCUGGCAGCUUCCCGCCCCCGCCCUCUAGCUCGUGGUCAGACCACGCCUGCGGAUGAAACGUUGCAGAAGACUUUGGAGAUAAUGGAUAAACUGGGAAUUCAAUCUGCAUCGAAGUUGGCCGUCGGCUGCAUCGUUGCAGGGUUGGUAGAGUUGUUCCGCAGCCAAAAGAACAGCUCGCAAUCAGCACAGACAUCGCAACCCACAUUGAAAGGCCGCAUGCUGCUGCUGCUCGGCAUUGUAGCUCUCUUGGCAUCUCUCUCCUCCUCAGGAUUGGACCUUUCAAAUCUGAAUGUCAGCGAAUUGGUCAAGAUAAUUCUACAGUACGUCUCCCAAGCACACGUCGGACUCUUCCUGGCAGGAGGUGCGACCUUUCUGAAGAGCUUCUACGAUAUACUAGAGCACCAAAAGCAGCAGCAGCAACAGGAGCAGCAGCAGCAGAAUGACGGUGCCCAGCAAGAAACAGUUGAAGCACCAGCUGACGAGAAGCUGCCCGAGGCAGAAGUAGUAGCAGAUGGUUCUACUGCAGGAACCAAGCAAAACCAGGCAGAAAAUGUAGCCACUAGCACCACUAGCACCAGCACACCCUCUAAUUCCCCUACUGCAGAGCCUGGCCCCGCAGAACAGUCUCCCUAG